AAUGAAUUCUAUGUAAAACAUUGAUGUGUCGUCUCCCCUUGCCCACUGCACUCUCUCUCACUCUCUCUCUCUCUGCUUUAUGUGCCGUCUGCUGUUCUAAUCAGAUAGAAGAGCUUUUCUGUGCAGCGGUGUGGAUGUGGAGCUCUUUCUGCAGGAGACCUGAGCCAUGCCAAACAGAGACAGCCACAGGUCACACUCUGAAUGCUUCAGGGGGAUUCUGUCUGCAACAGCGAGAUGAUCUAUAUAUGAAGUGACUCAUCUCAUCUUUUACGAUCCUUCAAAAUCAUUGCAUGUCGUGUCAAACUAGCCUACAUCAUCAAACUGUGUGUGCAUAAGAGACAAAGUUUCAACCUAAAAACAAACUCAACAUGACUAUCACCAUUCAAAACAUCACAGCCACCUCUGCCAUCGUCAGCUGGCCAUCAUCCCCAGGCUGCGUGGACACAUUCUACAGCGUCAUGUAUCACCCUAACUGGAACAGCCUGCUGAUGGGUUACACGCGCAAGAGCUUCCUGCGGGAGGACAGAGUUCCUGUGAGCCAGACAUCCACCAGUCUGGGCAACCUCAGUCCACAGACCACUUACAUCCUCUGUGUCACCUGCCAGUCCGCCAAUCCCACCAGAGAGCAGUGCCAGGUCUUCAGUACUCUAAAUGAGGGCACUGAACUUAGUGAGAGUGGCAGGGAUCUGGCAAUGGGAGUCUGGCUGGCCAGCAGCAUCCUGUUGCUGAUCAUUGCUGUGGCUCUGCUUUGGGGAUGUCUCCACACCAUGUGUCCAGCAAAAAGGGACCCAGAAAGAGGCAGCCAGUCAGGUCCGAACCCUCCACACCUGGCUCUGACCCCCAUGGGUGGGAACAUGGGAAGCGAAGGAAGAAAAGGUCUAUACAUGUCCGGUUGUGGGGGGGAAGACUCUCAGAACGCAACGGUGAUUGAGAAUCCUUUUAGAGCGGAGCACAGCAGAGAAAUGGCAAAGGGGCAGGGUUGUGAACUUCGAACACCAAGUAAUAAACACAGAUUUGGCCCCGGGUCAGAAUAACUAGGACACCAAAUUGUUACUUGGAUGCAUUGACCCCAAAAAUUCUAACUAUUAGAACUUACACAAUGAGGACAAUCACUGGGGUUGAAACCAUUUUGAGAAAAUGAGACUUGGACAGUCGAGCUGGGCUGAUGAGGUUAAAUUAGCAUUAAAAUGUCAGAUGAAAACAUCACUAACUUAUUAAAAAAGGAAACUGAAGGAGGCCCCUUGGCUUACAAUACAAUUCUACAAACUGCAGUGUUAUUUAUGUUUUUUUGGUAUAUGUCUACAAUGGUUCAAUUUGUUAGCAUUAUUAUAAUAAUUACCAUUUGAAAAUGUAUAUUUCUACAUAAUAUGGGUCACCUAUAAACACCAUCGUGUCUGUAGAGUAUAUGUCAGUUUAAAGUUAAAUACCACUGCCAUAUUGGUUUUGCAAGAGCCACUAAAACUUUAAAUUGUUUAGUGCACCUUUACCUUUAAUGGAUAUAUAAGUGUUUAUCGUCUUUGUGAGUUGAUAGUCUGUCUGUUUUGUGUUAGCUGAACUGAAAUUCUACUAUGCUUGAAAUGUACUGUGCCUACUCAUCUAACCUUGCUUAAUAAAAACAAUUUCCCUGUAUGUUAUGUUUGAGGCAUAAUGUAACUCAAGUGAAUGCUGGAGAUGUAA